UAGAAGGGGAGACGGUGGUCUGCGGAGGCCCAGACGGUACUACGAAAGAGGGUUGAAUACACUCUAUCGGAUCCUGCGAGACCUCAACUCCAGUAGCGAGAGGGGCAAACCGUGACGGGGAUGUCGAGAAGCCGAGUACUGAGGAGGGCGCAAGUGUACACUGCACCGUGGAUAGGAGGCGCCGUGGGAAUGCGAGGCGCCGCGGGCAUGCGAGGUGCCGCGAGCAUACGAGGCGGCAGGGCGGGACUGAGCACGACGUUGGUGGGAAAGGUCAGCGUAAUGGCGGUCAAGGGCGUUGGUGUAAGGGCACCGCGAGGAGGUAUGACCGUCCUGACGGCAUCGCAAACACCCAUGCCGGCCCAAAAUAGUCGCACGCUCCUCAGCGGAAAGGACACCGCGAGGAGGGACAAAGCCCUGAGGGAGGUCCUGCUGACUUGGAGGGACCUCAGGGGGCGACACGCCAGCGUGACCAGGGCGGCUGCGUGCUCGGGAAAGGUUGGAGAGGAUGAGCUGGAGGCGCUCAACCAUAGGGAGAGUAGAGUCCUCCAGGUGGUGGUGGACGGUCUCGCCGAGGUCGACGUCGUCGCUAUGGUCACCCUCUGGCGACAGCGGGGCACCAGCGUCCUGCUCACCAUCCUCGAGCGCGCUGAAGCGGCGUGAGAAGUGGCGGCCCUGCUGCGCGGAACGGCGGGGGCGACCGCGGAAAGGGGAACGGCGCUGGGAAGUGCC